AUGAGACACAAACGCCGCAGACACAAACUAGCCCUGGCCCAAGCACAGCACAAGACAGACAGGCAACUCCGACCCAAGAAGUACCGGCUGGUAACAAACAACCUUCCCAGCAGGAACCAACGCAACAACCACCGCGGCAACUACAGCCAAGACCGGUCCGGCAGCAGACAGCCUUCCCAGCAGGAACCAAUGCCACAACCACCGCCACAACUACAGCCAAGACCGGGUGAGGCACAAAUUAACCCUGGUCCAAGCACAGCUCCAUCCCAACAACUACCGGCUGAUGGAGUGAGGGAUGAUCAACAAACGACUCAGUCCGGCAGCAGACAGCCUUCCCAGCAGGAACCAACGCAACAACCACCGCCACAACUACAGCCAAGACUCGAUAAUGUCAUGAAAGCCCAGGAAGCAGACGCCAACGAGCGCGCAGAGAAGCGUAAAGCAGAGGCGACGGUUCUGAAAGAUCAGGGGAACCAAGCAUUCAAGAAGAGCGAUUACACACGAGCCAUUGAGCUCUACACGCAGGGCCUGGAACAUCUAAAAGACUUCGUGGUGCUGUACACCAACAGGGCACAGGCUUACAACAAAUUGGAAAAGUUUACAGAGGCAAUGGUGGACUGCCGGACUGCCUUGCAGUUGGAACCAAAUAAAGUCAAGGCAUUGGUGCACCUUGGCAAGGCCCAAAAUCCUCAAUAUUGA